AACGUCAUUAGUUUUACGUUAAAGCAAUCAGCGGUGCAAGAGUUUGUCGAAACAACUUUAUGGGUUAACCCAAAAAAGGUUGAAGAGCACUGAGCUAGACUUUUGAUAGCCUAUAGCAUAUUGUGAACUUUCAACUUGUAUUUUCUAAUUUCUUUUGUACAUAACAGCAUAGCAUUCAGUUUUAUAGGAAUUCUGGAAGAAGUGUCUAAGCGUCUUUAGACAAAGGUUGUAAAGAAGUCAAUUUUGAAAAAAUUAAACUAAAAAUGGAUGAUCAAACCUCAGAUGAUGAAGGGAUGAGUUACGACGAUGCGUCGGUGUUGUCGGUACCUGUUGAAGACUCUCCCCAAUCAAGGGCCAGGCAGUUACAACUGCGGCAAAAUUAUCGAAAAUUGAUUGACGAGACACAACUAAACAAAGAAGAACUUGUGAAACCUGACAGCAAUGGAUUGAUGGAGAAUAUUGCAAAAGCUCACCAGCUAUUUAAAGACGUCAAUGAAACGAGGGGAGCCGCUCUGGAUUCAAAGUUUAUGACCCUUGCUGUAACUCUUGGAGCUCAGAAAACCAAUUUACUUCAAACUGAUUUGGUGGCGUUUCAACCGGAUGAAUUUAUAGCUAAACUGGUAACUUGCAUGGGGGGAACAGUUUCUGAAGAUAAAGAUGAAAUUGAUAUUCCUGAAAAUGGCUGGAAUGUUCUUGGUCAGAAAACAGCAACUUAUUUUACAAGUUUAACACCUGCUCUACACCCACUGUUGGGUGCAUUUGAAGCAAUAGAAACUGGAAAAACAAACCGACAAGCUACACAAAGAAACAAGCAAAAAGAAACCUCAACCAAAGUUCAACUUCCAAAGGAACUUACUAAUUACAAAGAUGAUAAAAAAGAAGCUACUCCAGAGGAAAUAGAGCGUGUGCUACAUAUUAUUAAUACUUUUUAUAAAGAUGACCCAUCUCCUAUCGACUAUUUUGAACUGGUUGUCAACCCUGAAUCAUACGGACAUACCAUUGAAAACAUUUUCCAUCUUGCUUUCCUUGUAAAAGAUGGGUUAGUGAAAAUAUUUCUGAACGAAAACGGCCUUCCUGUUGUAGAACCUGUGAAUGUUCGCCCCGAUGAUAUAUCGCCAAGAAAAAAAGGAAAGAAGGCAAAAAAAGCGAACAACCAGGUCAUUGUUUCACUUUCCAUGGAUGAGUGGUAUGCAAUAAUAGAUGCUUAUCAACUAAAAGGGAAACAGCCAUACAUACCAACCCCUGGGAAUUGCUAAUAACAUAAUAAUGGCAUACACUGCUCUCACUGUGACCUUCUGAUUCAGACACUCUUCAGUCGACUUAAACUUAAUUGUUUUCAAUUUUUUUUUGUAUUUUAAAUUACAUUGCCUUUUUCUAUUGUGUGCAGUUCGACGUACUUUCUCUUCUAUGCUUGUCUUCUCUGCCAAUUUAAUAGCUGCUGGAUCUUGUGUUAUACGACUUUUACAUCUCUAUUUAAUAAAGAAGGCUUUUCUCACUUUA